AUGGCUGCGCACAUGAGCGUCAAGGAGAUGAAGGCUGCCAUCAGCGCGGCGGGGAUGUCGCACGUCGGCGUCACGGAGAAGGAGGAUCUGCGCCACCUUGCGGCGCUCGCGCUUGAGCAGGUGUCUGCAGCCUCUGCUGCAUCCGGCGGUGCGAUGGAAAAGUUCCUCGGGGACAUCCGCGCGGGGGACGUGCGCACCAUCAAGGCCGCGAUCAGCACCGAUCUUGAAAUGCACUCCUUCAGCAAGGACGAGCUGCUCGCUGGCGGGCUGGUCGAGGCUUGCCUGUCCCAUGUGGCAGACCCGGCAGUCGCGACCCGCCCUCCUCGAAACGCCGACUUGAGACUGCUGAGCCAAGGCGGCGGCGCACCGAUGCCCAUCUGCGCGAUCAACGUUCUUCUCAACGCCACCUCCAACGUCCGCAAGGGCAGAUGGGACGCGGCCGCCGUGGCGCUGCAGCUGCGGCCGCUGCUGCAGCUCAUGGCGCUCGACGUGCGGACCGUGUGGGGCGAGCCGAGGAUCUGGGACGGCGUUGCGGUCAUGGCGCUCGGCCUGAUCCGCAACGUCAUCCUGCACGGGCAAGCGGCCGCCAAGGACGCGCUCUGGUCGGGGACCGGCUGCGGAGACGCCUGCUUGCGCCUCGCCGCCUGCGCCCUCGAGGACGAGCGGUUGCAGCAAGCCGGACUCGCGCUGGGCAUGAGAGGUGUCUCGAGUCCCCGCGAGUGCGGGGCGACGGUGAUCAUGGAGUGGUGCGAUGUUGGCCUGAGCGGCUCGGCUAGCUCGCCCGACGCAAGCGGGCGCGCCACGCUCGCGCUGGUGGCGGCCGUGCCGUGCGGGCCUCGUCAGGCGAGCUCCUUUGCCGCCGAGCUGCCGCGCCUCGUCGGCUGCGCCGCGGCCGCCCGCGAGCACGGCGUGCUCGACUCACUGGAGUACUCGCACGCGGGGCUGAUCAAGGAGGGCGGCGAGGCCACUGGCGCGCUGCGCGAGGGCGCGGCCGUGCGGCAGCUCGUGUCUGCGGCCGAGGGGCGCUCGGCCGCGCGCGACGCGGUCGUGGCCAAGCACUUGUGCGGCCUGCUGGCCGCCAGCCUCGGCGGCGCCGCCGGCACGCCGACCGACGCCGAGGGGGAGGCGGUCAUUGGCGCGGGCGGCGUCGAGGCGGCGCUGCGGCUAUGCGCGGCUCACCCGCUCGCGGCGGAGCUCCAAGAAGAUGUUGUGUGUAUACUGCGCCUGGCGCAGCAGGCGGCCUUGCAGAAGCGCACGGGCGCCGCCCUGCGGCAGCGAGCCGAGAGCAUGCACGCGGCAGUGGGCGCGUUACGUGCAAAGGGUGCGAGCAGCCACCUGAUCGAAAUCGCGGCGGCUGUUGUGGGGAUGUGCCGCACCGUCAGCGAGGCAACGGCUGCUGGCAACCGGCCGGGCACGCAGGUGCUCAUGGGCGUGGACAAGUUCUACUGCUCGUGGUGCCACGUCGAAAAGCCCCAAGAGCAGCUCAAGCGGUGCGGCAAGUGCAAGUUCGCGCGCUAUUGCUCGCCGGGCUGCCAGCACGCGGAUUGGCCCACGCACAAAAAGGAGUGCAAGCUCAAGGCCAAGGCACUCGAGAGUGGGCACGCCACGACGGGCAGCGCGGCGCGGCGGCGCGACCGCAACGACAGCUUCGACGCGGACGCCUUCUCGCGCGCGGCGAACGCGCUCUUCUGGCGGCGCGCGACAGAGGUCGUGCAGUCGGCGGCGCUGCAGCGCGUCGACCUCUUCGACUGCGUCGUGUGCAUCGACAUGUGCGGCGACCGCCACCGCGUGCGCCCCGUGCCGUUGGGAGCGCUCGCCGCGUUCCUCGACGAGGCCAUCGGCGUCGACUACACGGACGGCGAACAUACGGAGGUCGUGCACGAGCGCAACCGGCGUAACGGUGCGCUCACCGCGCUCGCCUACGCGCCAACUGGCCGGCCGCCGCCGGAGGAGACGCACCAGAUGAUCCUCAAGACGUUCCCGCCCAACCCAGGGCUCAGCUGGAGGCAGAUGCACGACCAGCUGCUCGGCAUGCCAGCCUUCCAGGAGCAACUCGCCUCCUCCGACUCGCACGAGGAGGCGAUCGACGCCCUCGCGCUCGGCCUCGAGAGCUCGCAGCGCGGCGAGGGCUCGCAGCGCGGAGCGCGCGCAGCGACAGCCGCCUCCGAGGCUGGACGAGGAGCAGCGCGCGCGGCGGGAGAGGGCUGGGCGAGCAUCCCUGGGAUGACUCCCGAGGCGGCCGCGUUGGCGAUGCAAAGCGGGAUGACGCCCGACCGGUUUCGGGCGAUUUCGCAGAUGAUGGGCAUGUAA